AUGCUCGAUGACAAAUUGAACACUCCGCUGCAUUUGGCCGCCCUUGAAGCGAAUACUUUGUUGGUUUUUUUUCACUGUGAUCUCUUAAAAAAUAGUGAAAGCUGAAAAAAUGACAGUGUCUGUAAUGAAAAGUGUACUAGUGAGUGAAGCUGACUAUAAUCCGAAAGUUUGAAGUUUUCAAAAAUAAUUUUGCAAAUAUCUUGAAAAAAACCUUCUUUUUUUAGGUGAUUAUUUUGUUCUGGGCAAGUUUGACAGUUGCCGACAGAAAUCUGAAAAUUGGAAGUCAUCACGGACAAUUUUGGAAGUUUCUUGAAAUACUUGUCCGGAGACAUUUUCCAAUCCAAUAUCUCGAAAACUUCCUUCGAAAGCUUUUUGAUGAAUUAUCGAUUUUUUUUUCCAGACAAGUCUGCCAGUUGCUGAAGCGUGGCGCCGACAAAAAUCUGAAAAAUGUGGAUGGAAAAACGCCUUUGGACAUUGCCAUGGAAGGAAAACACGCCGAUAUCGUGACAUUGUUCGUUUUUAGACAAAACAAUUUAUCAUAUGCAAUUUUUAAAAGAUUAUUAGACGUUUUCGUGUCAGAAGCUAAUACUAAAGUUUCGUACGGAAAAAAAUUUUUUUAAAAAAGCGUAUUUGGUCCCAAAUUUCUUGGAAGGGGGAAACGUUCUUUAGUCAGCGAUGUUUACGUGCUAUUUUCACGUUUCUCUGACCCCAGCCGCUGAGGGAAAAGAGAGCGCAGAGAGGUCAGGUCGUUUGAAGUCGCAGCGAACGGACUAAAGCAUAACUAUACAAUUUUAACUGUAAGUUUCAGGUUCCGCGUGACGAACAUGCGCGACGAGUUCAACGACUACAACAAUCCGAUGGACGACACGGUCGACAGCGUCAUUUCGGACAUUGCCCGACGUGCCGCCGUCGAGAAAUUGAACGGUUCUUGA